ACCGAGCUGGGCGCCGUUGGAGGCGGAGGCGGAAAAGGCGGGGCUGGGACGGAGAGACAAGAUGGCGUCGCCCCAUUACCGAGGAUCGUCUGGAGGAGGGAACCGGUGGGCCUUCGCCGUCGUCGGCCGCGAAUUCUAACUCGGAGCCGCCGCGCCGGAGGUCAGGAAGAGGAGAAGGAGGAGGAAGAGCGGCCGCAGGGUCCGAGGCGGAGCCGCCGGGGUGAGUAGGCCUCAACGCCGGCCUCCCCUUAUUUCCCGGGCGCCGCUGAGGUUCUCAAUGGCUUCUAAGAAGUCGGGGUCUGAUUUUCACGGGCCCUUCAGUUACCUUGAUGAUGUUCCAUUCAAGAUAGGAGAAAAGUUCAGAAGACCAGCGAAAGUUGGCCUCCCGAUUGGUUUCUAUUUGCCAGACUCUCCACAACUGAUAAAAGAAGCCCAGUAUGACUUCUCUCUCGAAAGGAAAACAAUCGAGUGGGCCGAGAACAUUAAAAGGAUCCAAGCUGUCCAGCAAGAAAUGGAGCGGAAAGCCAAGGAGACCCUGGCCAAUGUGAAGAGGACCUCAGAGGAACACCUGCCCGAGGGUUGCGGCCCGGGGGCUGCCCUGCCUCUCCCCAUCAACCCCAUCCUGGCCGGCCUGCAUCACAACUCCAUCCUCACUCCCACCCCGGCCAACAGCAGCGCUCUGAAGCAAAAAGUCUUGAGUCCCCCCCACACCAAGGCCGACUUCAACCCAGCGGACUUCGAGUGUGAAGAAGACCCCUUUGACAAGUUGGAGCUGAAGACCCUGGACGACAGGGAAGAACUGAAGAACAUCCUCCAGAUCCACGUCGACACCACGGGGCCGAUCAUGGCCCAACUGCUCGACGGCGGCUUGCCCAAAGUGGCACCUCCGUCAGCCCUGCAAGACCAGGAGGUCUUGGCCUCUUUGGAAAGGGCCGCUUUGGACCUCAAGCCCCUCCACAAACCCAACGGUCUUGUGACCUUGCCCCAGCUGGGCGGGUGCGAGAAGAUGUCCCUCUCUUCCAAAGUGUCCCUCUCGCCCGUGACGUCGGUCAGCAACAUUAAGUCCCUCUCCUUCCCGAAGCUGGAUUUGGACGAGAGUGACUUGCAGGCGGCAAGGCUGGUGAACACCUACCGUGCGCACAAUGGCACUCUCCUGGGCGCUUUACCGGACAAAGCCAAUGAACUGAACGGACACCACGCGAUCGGGGCUCCCACCUUCAGCGUGGACCCCAGCCUAGACACGCGAACGUUAUCCUCCGUGUCCAGAGGUCCUUCCCAGCCCACCACCGUAGCAUGUACAGAAGACAUUCCGGCUCUCACUACAGCCACAGCGGUAACUCACCAAAGUUUCCCGACCUCUCAAGUGCCCAAGACCACCGGCAGCUUCUCCUAUGGGGACGUGCUGCAGGCCCUGUCCUCCAGAGAACUGGAGUGUCUUGAAAUCAUCGUGGGCAUGGGCUAUUCGUACGAAGAUGUCUUAAAAGCGAUGAAGAGGAAGGGGGAGAGCAUAGAACAGAUUCUGGAAUACCUGGUUGUCCGUGGGCAACUCUGUGAGAAGGGCUUUGAUCUGCUCCUGGUAGAAACGGUCCUCGAAAUGUAUCAGUGCUCGGAGGAGAAGGCCAUCGAGAUUCUCCAGCUCAUGAGCAAAUUUCAAGAAAUGGGCUUCGAACUGAAAGACAUUAAAGAAGCUUUGCUAUUACACAACAACGACCAGGACAAUGCCCUGGAAGAUUUAAUGACCCGAGCAGGCGCCAGCUGAAAAGCGCGAGCGGAGCAGCCCCUCGCUGCUUCUGGCCACCGGACACCCCCCCCUGCCAUCGCCAGCCGGGUCUUCUCUGGUGCUGCGGGAAGGAGAAUGCCACGAGGAUCCUGCGUUCGAGAUGCUGUCGCAGCUGAAAAAGCCGGUCCUUUGCCACGCCCUCACCCCGGCCAGCUGUGCCCACCCACCCAAAAGAGAGUUGCAAACGCUUUCUUCGAUUAAAGUUUUAAGUGCCCUUCCCCCCACGUUUGUUUCUUUCGGUAGGCCAGAGACUCCGGACUGAGUUGUGCAGACAAGUGUCAGGCUAAGGUUGUUUUUUUUCUCCCGAUUCCCCCAUCCCAAUUCUGUCCCUGACACCCCACCACCUACCCCUUUCCCGGUCCCUUUGUGCUGGACUCAGAGAAGCGUCGACCCUCGGCCGCAAACUCCUCCGCUAGACUUCCUUACAACCGCUUUGAUGUGUGUGCCUGCUCGUACUUGCAAACGUUUUGAGACACUUUUCAAAAUCCGUUUGAUAGAAGUGCAACGGAAGAGUCAGUUUUUACUCAAGGCGAGGAAGGUCGAAAGGAGAAACUUAGUAACCUUAGUGCAACACUGGUUCACUAACGGCUGCCGAACGCCCCGGAGAAACGGUACGGCUUUUUCCAGCACGGCGGCACGGGCUGCUCGUGAAUUUCUGCCAGUUUUUCUUCUCUCCCCCCCAAACAAGAUAACAAGCUGUGAAAUCUUUUGCCCCUCGGCUCUUCUGUCUUGUCUGUCUGUCCCAGGAGUUUUUGGAUCUGUCCCACCCGAGCUAAUCAUUGUCCUCCUCCUUAAGCCACGUCCUUCUGGAGAAAUGAAGUUGAUGGGUCAGUUUAACCGUGUCAAAUUGGCGACGGAUUGGGGGGGGGUCUCUCUCUCUUUCAAGCACUUUCUUUAUAAUAUUCACCUCGUUGGUUCCGUUUUAUUUUGUUUUGUUUUGUUUCUUCACACAGUUAUAAUUAUUAAUCUAGUCCUAGGAAUCAGCCUUUGGGUUUUGAUAGCGAAAAAAGUAUUACGUUGUACAUGUUUAAAGAUUUAAAUUCCUAAAAAGAACUAUAUAAGCGGUCUUGAUCCUCGAAGUAAUUUGCUAUUUUGGCUCUGCAGAAAGAUACUAAUAAAAUCUUAAAAUGUG